UCCCCAGAUUACAAUCUUCUUCCCCAUCAAGGUUGACGACGAGAGAGAACAAACAAUGGUUCACAAUGCUUACGAUUCCUUUCAGCUCCUCACCAACUGCCCCGCCCGGAUCGACGCCGUCGAAUCCCACAACUCCAAGCUCUUCGCCGGAUGCUACGACGGCUCCCUCCGCAUCUACUCCCCCCAAUCCCCCUCCUCCUCCUCCUCGGAUGAGCUCCGCCAAGACUCGUACCUCCUCGAAACGACCGUCACCGGAUUCGCCAAGAAACCCAUCGUGGCGAUGAAGGUCUUGGCCUCCAGAGAGCUGCUCCUCUCUCUCUCGGAGUCGAUCGCGUUCCACAAGCUUCCCAAUCUGGAGACCGUCGCCGUGAUCACCAAAGCGAAAGGCGCCAAUGCUUACUCGUGGGACGAUCGACGUGGCUUCCUGUGCUUCUCUAGGCAGAAGAGGGUCUGCGUCUUCAAGCACGACGGAGGAGGAGGGUUUGUGGAGGUGAGGGACUAUGGAGUUCCUGAUACUGUAAAGUCCAUUUCUUGGUGCGGUGAGAAUAUUUGCUUGGGGAUUAGGAAAGAGUAUGUGAUUCUCAACACUGCUAAUGGGACUCUCUCUGAGGUGUUUCCUUCUGGGAGAGUUGCUCCUCCUCUCGUCACUUUUCUACCUUCUGGUGAACUUCUCCUUGGGAAGGAUAACAUUGGAGUUUUUGUUGAUCAAAAUGGGAAGCUGCUCCAGACAGAGAGGCUUUGCUGGUCAGAGGCCCCAACAGCUAUUGUCAUUCAGAAUCCCUAUGCAAUAGCCUUGUUACCUCGACGAGUUGAGGUUCGGUUGCUACGAAGCCCCUAUCCUUUGAUACAGACAAUUGUUCUCCAGAAUAUUCGUCACCUUGUCAAGAGCAACAAUGCUGUGAUGGUUGGUUUGGAUAACUCUGUUCAUGCUCUCUUCCCUGUUUCUAUCGGUGCUCAGAUUGUGCAACUAACAGCUUCUGGGAACUUUGAGGAAGCCUUAGCUCUAUGCAAGUUACUCCCCUCUGAAGAGUCAAGCCUAAGAGCUGCGAAAGAGAGUUCGAUUCACACAAGAUUUGCUCAUUAUCUUUUCGAAAACGGGAGCUAUGAGGAAGCCAUGGAACACUUUCUGGCAUCUCAAGUAGACAUCACGCAUGUACUCUCCAUGUAUCCAUCCAUCACUCUUCCUAAAACAACAAUGAUUCCUCCACCGGAUAAGAUGUUAGACAUUUCUGGAGAGGAAGCAUCUCUGUCAAGAGGCUCAUCUGGCUUUUCUGAUGAUAUGGAGUCUUCAUUUUUGGAAUCUGAAGGCAAUGCAGCCCUUGAAUCUAAGAAAAUGAGCCACAACACUCUGAUGGCUCUUAUAAAGUACUUGCAGAAGAAGAGACCAAGUAUUAUCGAGAAGGCCACUUCUGAAGGAACAGAAGAGGUCAUCUCUGAUGCCGUUGGCAAAACUUACGGAGCGUAUGAUUCUUCCAAGACUAAGAAGUCCAACAAGGGACGUGGUACGAUCUCGCUUAACUCAGGUGCAAGGGAGAUGGCAGCGAUUCUUGACACAGCUCUUCUCCAAGCACUUCUACACACUGGACAGUCUGGAGCUUCUGUAGAGUUAUUAAAGGGUGUCAACUACUGCGACGUAAAGAUUUGUGAGGAGAUACUAAUGAAAAGCAAAAGUUAUUCUGCACUGUUAGAACUGUUCAAGAGCAAUUCGAUGCACCAUGAAGCCCUUAAGCUUCUUAAUCAGCUCUCGGAAGAGUCCAAAUCAAACCAGUCACAAACUGAUGUAAAACAGAUCUUUAGUCCUGAGUUGAUCAUUGAAUAUCUCAAGCCUCUAUGCAGGACUGAUCCUAUGCUUGUGUUGGAGUACUCUAUGCUAGUCCUGGAGAGCUGUCCAACACAAACCAUCGACUUGUUUCUGUCUGGAAACAUCUCGGCCGACCUUGUCAAUUCAUAUCUGAAGCAGCAUGCUCCAAAUAUGCAGGGUAGAUAUUUGGAACUCAUGAUGGCGAUGAAUGAAACCGCAGUUUCUGGGAAUCUCCAAAACGAGAUGGUACAAAUCUACCUUUCGGAAGUGCUUGACUUGCAUGCUGCAUUAAGCGCGCAGCAGAAAUGGGAUGACAAGGAUCAUCCUCCCGAAAGGAAAAAACUAUUGUCUGCAUUAGAGAACAUCUCCGGAUAUAAUCCACAGACUUUGUUGAAGCGUCUUCCACGUGAUGCUCUCUAUGAAGAGCGUGCAGUUAUUUUGGGUAAAAUGAAUCAACACGAGCUCGCUUUGUCCAUCUAUGUUCAUAAGCUUCAUGCACCUGAUCUGGCGCUGGCUUACUGUGAUCGUAUAUAUGAGUCCGUAUCUUUUCUACCAUCUGGAAAACCGUCAAGCAACAUCUACCUCACACUUCUCCAAAUCUACCUGAAUCCUAAGAAAAGCGCAAAGGACUUUGCAAAACGUAUUGUAGCUCUAGGAUCAUUCGAGAGUUCAGACACCACGAAGAUGAUGGAGUCUGUUUUGUCUUCGAAAGUCAAAGGAGGCAGGUCCAAGAAAAUUGUUGCGAUAGAAGGUGCUGAGGAUAUGCUGCGAGCUGGUCUCAGUAGCAGCACUGAUAGCGGAAGAAGCGACGUUGAUGCUGAAGAGCCCAUGGAAGAAGGAAACUCCACCGUUAUGAUUUCUGAAGUUCUUGAUCUGUUGAGUCAGAGGUGGGAGAGGAUCAAUGGUGCACAGGCUCUCAAGCUUUUACCUAGAGAAACUAAACUGCAGAACCUGCUUCCGUUUCUUGCACCCCUUCUUAGAAACUCGAGUGAAGCACACAGGAACUAUUCGGUCAUCAAGAGUUUGAGGCAGAGUGAAAACUUACAGGUGAAAGAGGAACUGUACAAACAUAGGAAGGGAGUGGUGCAAGUAACAAGUGAUAGCAUGUGUUCGCUGUGCAACAAGAAGAUCGGGGCAAGCGUCUUUGCUGUUUAUCCCAACGGGAAAACGUUAGUUCACUUUGUCUGCUUCAAAGAUUCUCAAGGAAUGAAAGCUGUUUCUAAGACAUCUCAGGGAAGAAGACGAUGAGAUGAUCAUUUACUGUAACUAAACACAUGUUUAAAGACACUAAACCAUCUUUCUUCCUUGUUUGUAAGUUUGUAAAGCUUUUUGAGCUUAUUGAUUUUUUAUGUCUGUUCUUCUUUGGUUUUGUACUUUUGUGUUUGGUGGAAAAUGGUGACGAUGGUCUUGAGGAAACCAGUUCGGUCUUGUUGUAAAACCAGUUUCGGUUGGAAAUUAAUUUAUAAAAAUGAUUUUGUGUUU